AUGGCUUUGCUCAAAGUGCGCGACGAAUGCACGAAACUUGUAGGUCACCGAUUUCUCAACUCACACAUUUGCCUUGUCAUAUCAAUUGCUCAGCUGGCGGUUUGUUGUUGGGCAGUCGCCCAGCACAUCAAUUCCUACGUGUAUUAUAGAAAGAUUUUAAAAUGCGACUUCCUCGAAGGCAGCCUUCCACUGGAGGCCGUCGACGCCGUCAUCUUCGACAUCCGACUUUUCCACUAUCUGUGGGGCAUUCGGGGAUGUGUCGCCGAAUAUCUCGACGGCGGAUUCGGUCGCCUCGCCUGGUGCGUUUCGCACUCGACAUCGCUUAUCUUCUCGAUGCCGGCGACGUUCGCCGCCCAUCCCAAACCAUUCUACUUCUAUCCGCUUCUCGUGCAGCAAUCCGCCUACGGCAUCUGCCUUCUCGUCCUUCUGCUCGCCGCCCUUCCGCGCAUCGUCGUCGCGUUGGCGUCGCCGCACGCGGCGCCCCUCAUCCCGAUCCUCUUCUAUUUCAUCGGAACCGCCCUCAACUUUUUCCAUCUCUAUGUGUAUUGGCAUUGGUAUUGGCACGUGACGGCGAUGUGGAACUCGGCGGUGCGCGUCAAAUUCGGCCAGCGGCUCGUCAACGCCAACAAUCGGAGUCGACGCGACAAACCGCGUGCGCCGACGGUGGCGAUCGACGACGCCGUUCUUCACUACGUGCCCGGCACACCGAUCAUCAACGAGCCGAAACUGAUUCUGCCGCUGCCGACGGCGAUCGCGACGAGACCCGUCGACGACGGCGAUGAAGCCGACGUUGAUGAUGAUGAUGAUGAUGAUGAGGAUGACGCUCGGCCGACACCACCGCCGCCAAUCUACGCCACCAAAUUGUCGGCGAACUCGAUUGAGAAUCGCGGGCUCCGCGAGCAGCGACGUCGUCGUCGUCGUCGUCUGCCGGCGACGCCCGAUUUGCCGGCGCACGGCGAAGUGCCGAGACCGAUUUUCUACAUACCCCAUGCUCGUGUUUAG